UCGACGAGGGUGUUGUUGACAUUCCCAGGAGCCCUACAAAAGUUUUCUGCAGUGCUAUGGCAGUAUUGUCAGUGGCCUCAAAUUCAUGUUUUCAGCCGGACAGGUGAAAACACUGAGCCGUCAGAUGACUGCGCACUUCGGUUGAUUUUGUGGAAGUGGUUGUUAUCAGUAUGACUCGCGAUAUCAUUCUUGGAGAUGAACUGCCCGACUGGGUUGGGGCGAAAGAGUUUUAUCAGAAGUAUGAUCCCAAAGAGGUGAUUGGGAGAGGUGUGAGCAGUGUGGUGAGCAGAUGUGUACACAAACACACAGGGCAGGAGUUUGCAGUGAAGAUCAUUGAGAUCACUGCAGAGAAAAUGACAGAACAGCAGUUAGAGGAGGUGAAGAGCUCCACACUGAAGGAGAUCCAUGUGCUCAAUGUGGUGAAGGGCCACCCGUCCAUCAUCACACUUAUUGAUUCUUAUGAGUCAACAACCUUCAUAUUUUUGGUAUUUGACCUCAUGAGGAGAGGAGAGCUAUUCGAUUACUUGACUGAAAAAGUCACUCUCAGUGAAAAGGAAACCAGGAGUAUGAUGCGUGCUCUUCUGGAGGCUGUCCAGUAUCUACAUUCUCUAAAUAUUGUACAUCGUGACCUCAAACCUGAAAAUAUUCUGUUGGACGACCAGGGACACAUCAAACUUUCUGACUUUGGCUUUUCAGUCCAGCUGGGGCCUGAUGAAAAACUAAGAGAGUUGUGUGGAACACCAGGAUAUCUGGCACCAGAGAUUCUGAAGUGCUCCAUGGAUGAGACACAUGAGGGAUAUGGGAGAGAGGUUGACCUGUGGGCUUGUGGUGUGAUCAUGUUCACGCUUCUUGCUGGUUCUCCACCAUUCUGGCAUCGCAAACAGCUGCUGAUGCUGAGAUUGAUCAUGGAAGGCCGGUACCAGUUUAGCUCUCCUGAGUGGGAUGACCGGUCUGACACUGUCAAAGACUUGAUCUCCUGGCUUUUAGUGGUGGAACCCACAGUUCGUCUAACGGCUGAGCAAGCUUUAGCUCAUCCUUUCUUCCGUCAGUACCAAAAGGAGGAUGUGCGGCUCUUUAGCCCCAGGAAGACAUUUAAGGCCCUGAUCUUGACCGUGUUAGCUUGUAUACGAAUGCAGUGCCGGUACUACCGAGCCAGACCAUUAACAAAGGAGCUCCUAGCAAGAGACCCCUAUUCCAUCCGCGUUGUGCGCAAGCUGAUCGACGGCUGUGCUUUCCGCAUAUAUGGACACUGGGUCAAGAAAGGGGAGCAACAGAACCGAGCUGCUCUAUUCCAGAACACGGCUAAAAUCAUUCUACUGGGCCUUGAAGACCUUGAAAACUAAAGGUCAUAUUUUUGUUUCUAAAGAUAUCCCUCAUCUGUCAAUUUACAGUUUAUUGUUUAUGUCUUUAAGUAAGGGUAUAUAGCCUGCCUGUCCAAAAGGUGCACAAAACACAACUAUUUUUUUUUUGUCUUUAAAGAUGGAUGGUGCUUUUGAUUUUAGCAGCAGGCCAUGUGACCUCAUUUUAAUCACUCACUGUGGAUUGUACAUUUUAAAAUGUAUAGUUUUGUCACAUGCUUAUUGGUGGUAUCGUCUGAUAUUGCUUAUUAUAUGGACCAAAAAAAAAAAAGACUUGUAUUCACAAUUACCUAACAGAGCUUGUCUCCUAUUCAAGCUCUCUAGCCUUUGAAAGUUUUUUCCACCAAGCAGGUUGUAUUUGAAUUUAUUAUCAUUCUUCUGCUUCAAAAACAAUUCCAGGUUGUUGAAGACUAAACCAUAGAUGCACAGGGAAUAUUUAACAAUG